AUGUCCCAUUUGACCCCGCCCAGCGAAUUUGACGCCAGUCGAGGUCCAAAGGCAUGCGUUGCCUGUGCCCGUGCUAAAGUCAAAUGUGAUCUCGACCCUGGGAAUAUUGUUUGCACUCGGUGCCGGCGACUCAAAAAAUCAUGCACUGAGCAGACUCCUGGUGCGCAUCGUCGCAACAAGCCCGGGAGGAUCUCGGACGUGGCCAGGCUGGAGCAAAAGCUGGAUGGUGUAGCAGCAAUGCUUGCCACUUCAGCACAAAAUGGGGGUCCAAGCCCUUCAAGUCAAGUUCAAAGCUCCAAUCCGACAUCUCUUUCGCCAAUAGAAUGCGUUCAGCACUUUAUCAAGGAUGACGAGGCGACCAUCAUCCUUGAUGCAUUCCGAGCGGACAUGGCUCCAUAUUUCCCAUUCGUUGUCAUUGCGUCCGAACAGACGGUUCAUGAGCUCAGGCAGCUCAAACCUUUUCUCUUCAUGGCCGUCAUGACAAUCGGCUGCCGCCAUGAUACAGCACGUCAAAAAGCAUUGGCUGCAAAGGCAAGGGAGAUAAUCAGUCAUAAAAUGCUCAUCGAUGGAGAACAAAGUCUCGAUCUCUUGCAAGGACUACUCGUUUUCAUAGCCUGGUAUCAGGUUCAUGCUCGGACCGCGCAACUGAGCAACCUUACCUACCUAAUGAUGGCUCUGCUGACCGACCUUGGUCUGAACAAACCCACAAGUCCGCGAUAUAAACCAGCGUUAGGAUCAAUGAGAUACUACUGGAACCCACUCAAUAAUGGUACACCCAAUCGCGAGGAACCCAGAGAGCGAACUCUGGAGGAGAGAAGAGCCUUGCUCGGGGGCCUUUAUGUGACUACAGCGAUAUCUGUGUGGGCGCGUGAAAUGGACCCGAUCAAGUAUUCAAUGUAUGCAGAUGAAUGCUGUCGAGUCCUUGAACAAGCCAACGAAUACCCAAGCGACCAACAUCUUGUUAUCAUGAUCCGCAUCAUGGGCAUGGUUGGGAAGAUCAGGGGGACCCUGAAUCCCGAGGACUGGGCCGCCUCGACAGGGAUGUCCGCCCCCUUAGGGGCUUGUGUGAGGUCUUUCGAAGCCGAGCUGGAGCAAAUAAGGACCAAGUUACCAACGGACACAUCGCUCGCGGGAGCAGAUUUCAUCUCCAUCCACUACUCUUUCAUUAAGGUCUUCCUAUACGAGGUUGCGGUGCACGACAACAUUCCCAGCAGUAGGUACGGGACCUUUCCGAUUACGCGCUUGAAGAUGCUUUUCACAUGUCUCGAUGAGAUCAAGCGGUCCUUCGAGCGGUUCUGCGCAAUUCCAAGCAAUCUCUACUUCAAUUUCACCUACUUUACCUGGGCACUGCUGGGACGUAUUACUGUGGUUCUCUCCAAGCUCUGCAUCCUCACUGGAGACGGUUGGGAUCCGGAAUAUGCCCGCAGCACGCUUGACUUUCCUACUAUGGUGGCAACGAUACAAAUGAAGUUGGAUGAGGCGAGGAUUGCCGCCGAACAGUCGCAGUCAAAGCACCAGACUUCUCGGGAUCGAAACUCUUUACCCUUCAGUGUUCCGGAGCUCUUCACGGCGUUGAUACCCAAGCUACAACAAUGGAGGGAUCGACAUAUGUACAAAGCAUCCCAGCUCCAUCCGCAGUCGCAGUCGCAGUCGCAGUCGCAGUCGCAGGCGACGAUGCCGUCGCCUUCCGGGACAGAUGCAUUGCCCAUCACCAUCUCGGAUGAAGAAUUCCUAGCUUCAACUGGGGGCAAUCUGUUCGAUUUUCUGGAUAGUGAUUACUACCCACAGCUCAUCUGA